AUGUCUGCUACAGCAUCGCCACCCCUCAUGACUGCCGAGGACGAGACCAUGGGCGACCUUGAUGAGCCGCCCGAACCCCGCGCGCAGCGCCCUACACCCUUGGUACUUCAAAACACCACGACUGCAUCCUUUACAAAAUCAAAGCCCGUCUGCGACCGCAAAGAAUCGCUGCUUACCUCGGCACUCAAAUCGGGAUCUACUACAAGCUCCCCUGUCGACAGCCGGUCCGACACGAGUCCAGUCCGCGGCAUGUCGUGUGUCUCGACAUGGAGCAACAACAGCGGUACUACUGAUCUUACAAGUGACGGAGGCUUCACAAGCCCUGGAACUCGACCCUGCACGCCCAGCCCCCCGCUCCCUGCGGCAUCUUUUCAUGGCACGUUGCCCAUGUUCAAUAACAAGCCAUUGGAGUUGCCAAUCUCAAUCGCCUCGCACGAUGGCGACAACACCAUUUCAGUGCACAAGGUUGUGCCCCCACAAGAUACCGAGCAGAACAUUGAGGCAGUUCUCGGAAGGAAGAGACGCAUCAUGUUUGCAUGUGGCGCCAAAGAGGAGAAAAAGAAGCCAGAAGAAGCUGCCGAGAAACCCGCUCCUGCCGCUGUCGCUGUCCCUGCCUCGGAAGAGCCUCCAAAGCGUGUCAGCACCAUCAAGUUUGCAUGCCCAUCCAAGCCUUCAGAAGAAGCGCUUCCAAAGCCUGUCGCAGCCAAACCCCGUCGAAUGGCCAGCCCAGCUCCACCACCACAACGGAUCCUUUCGUCUCCCAAAGCAACCCAAAAAGUCCAUCGCGAUUCUGACUCGACAGUCCGUAACAAUUCACCUGUUAGUGUUCGGAAAGCCCGCCCAGUUGAUCGGACCCGCCGCUUGAGUGCCAACUCAGAUCUAGCUCGUUGUGAGGCAUACCGCUUCCACGAGUUUGCUAGCUCGGAGGAGGAGGUUGAGGAGUGGACUCAAGAAGUCACUUGCCACCGAAGCAGACUAACAGUCCAAGACACACUCAAAAUUGAGAACAACCUACGCAAACUAGGCGAGGAAGUUGCAGAAGAGGAGGCGAUCGAGGAGGAGGAAGACGAAGAAGAAGAGGAAGACGACGACGACGACAUUAUCGAAAUGGACGACGACGACGAUGAUGAUGAUGAUCACGAUGACAGUGAUGCGCGUAGCGAAACCACCGACGAGGGUUUCCGGACAGAUGACGAGAACGGAUUCGCUGGCUCCGAUGAUGAAAGCGAUGCAGGUUCCGACUACAACUGGUGGGCCCCUGGAGCAUCAACCGCUGCGACAUCAGUGGAGCACCUGGAACAGCUUCGCCUAAAACCUACCCGCACCGUGUCUGAGUCGUCAAUUGGAUCUCUCGAAAGCCGAGAUGGUCUCAAGAUCAUGGACAAACCACCAAAGCGGAAGAAGUCCAGGCCGGUCAACAUCCGUGUUCCAAGCCCCGAAUUGCCUGACAGCACCGACUUUGUUUGUGGUACCCUUGAUGAAGAUAGGCCGGCAGAGGAGGCAUACAUGUCGACACUAGAACGCCGACGUGCUGCCAAGCACAAGCCUACUCCACAAGACAUUGAUCCUACCUUCCCCACAUCGGAUCCCGAGCUUCCUGAUGACGAAGAGGAUGAGGUGUCCGAAUGCGAGAACCUAGCCUCAGAGACCGACCAUUUGAUGAUGCACGGUCGCAUGGAUCCGGAUGCCGACUUGCGCGGUCGCCGCAAAGACAUGAGCAAGAAGCGCUCGCCCCUACCUUCACCAAGGCGCCUGCGGUCACCGCCGCCCGCCAAGCGUGGUGUGCAUCGCUCACCGCCGCCACGCAAGCUGUUUGGCAAUUCUCCUAAGCGGCUUCACUCUCCUCCACCUCCCAUGCGUCUUCGAUCGCCACCACCCACUCGCCGCGGCUCUGUCAACCCCUUGGCUGCUCGCCAGCGUAGCGACAUGUCGAUACGCUUUGCUGGCAUUGCCGAGAGACCCGUGCCUACCGUCUCUGCCUCUGUCCCACGCACGUCCAUCACCAUGAGGAAUCCGUUUGAUCUUGAGGAAGAAGAUGAUGAUGCCGCUGACAUGCCUGUGCGCCGAGCCAUUGACAUCAAGGUCGGGCUUGAGAAGAAGAAGCAGCGCCGCAAGGAGAAGCUGUACAGAAAGCAACAUCGCAAGGGCACAAAGGAGAAGCGUCCUGCCCCCGGUCGUGGUGCAGAGCGCAUGCGUGAGAUGGGAUUGGCUGUUCAUGCCCACAAGGGCAAGAACAACGGCUUCCAGCCUUUCCAAAUUCGCCACGCAGCAGAUGAGGAGGAUACAUACGUACUUUCUGCCUAG